AAGAGUUUUAGAUAAAAAAAAUAAAGAAAUCUGAACCAAUCUCAUAAAAGCACCGCACGCACGCAGUGACAUAGCGGCGAGACUCCAGAUCAGCUAUCUACCUCCUUUUUCUAAUCACAUUGUCAUUGGCUGAGAAGGCAUCUAAACAAAUCCAACUACUCCCUAUUCUCUGUGACUUGAUGUAGAGGGCAAUUAGAUCAGGCUGAUCUUCCGAAAGCCGCAAGAUGAGUGAAGCUCACGUGGAAAAUGGAGAUCUGUCAGAGCCAACGCUGCAGAACAUCCUGGAUCAUGACACACUCAAAUGGAUCUUUGUGGGCGGCAAGGGAGGUGUAGGGAAGACUACCUGUUCUUGCAGUCUGGCGGUGCAGCUGGCAGCUGUACGACGCAGCGUGCUGAUCAUAUCCACGGACCCUGCCCACAAUCUGAGCGACGCCUUCAGGCAGAAGUUCACCAGCACGCCCUCGCCCGUGGCCGGCUUCCACAACCUCUUUGCAAUGGAGGUGGAUCCAAACCCGGAGAACGCUCGGCUGGCGGCCGGGGGCGCAGACGACGGCGAUGCCUCCUUCCUGUCUGACCUGGCCGGCUCCAUCCCCGGCAUCGACGAGGCCAUGAGCUUCGCCGAGGUCAUGCGCCAGGUGAAAUCGAUGGACUACGACUGCAUAGUGUUUGACACGGCUCCCACGGGGCACACGCUGCGGCUGCUGCAGUUCCCUUCUACUCUGGAGAAGGGGCUUAGUAAGAUCAUGCAGCUGAGGGGCAGCCUUGGGGGCGCCCUGAACCAGAUAGGGGCCCUGCUGGGGACAAACAUAGAGGAGAUGCAGAACCAGCUGGUGGGCAGACUAGAGGAGCUCAAGGGAGUGGUGGAGGAAGUGAACAAGCAAUUUCAGGACCCGGACCUGACCACCUUUGUGUGCGUCUGCAUACCGGAGUUCUUGAGCCUCUAUGAGACAGAGCGGCUCGUGCAGGAACUGGCCAGGUUCGACAUUGACACCUGCAACAUAGUCAUCAACCAGAUCAUCUUUGAGGAGGAGACGGGCGGCUCUAGGCUGCUGGCGGCGCGCGUGAAGAUGCAGCAGACCUACCUGCAGCAGUUUGAGGACUUGUACGAGGACUUCCACCUCGUCAGGAUGCCCCUUCUAGAAGAGGAGGUGAGGGGAGUUGAUGCCAUCAAGGACUUCUCCAAAAACCUGAUGCAGCCGUACAAGCCAGCCCAAAAGGGCAAUCGCAUCGAUGAGCUGGAAGCUGAAGUGGCGCAGCUGCGAGCCCGCUGCGCACAGCUUGAGGCGCAGGCUUCCGGCAAGCAAUGACUCAUUUUUGGAACUUAUAACAAUAAGGAACUUUGGCUCCCCGUUUGGCAAUUCAAUUAGUCGCCAAGGGAAGAGGGCGCGGCGCCAGACCAGGAAGAGGAAGGUUCGUAGGAAGAUCGUCCCAAGGACGGGAAGUGUUUGUUGAAGUGUGCUGAACUUGUUGAUGAAUUGUGGCAGGACAUCUGGAAAGCUGCCAAAUCUUACAAUCUGCGGUUGCUCUUUGCAUUGAGACAGAAUUCCUGGAAGAAAUCUGAGAGCAAUGAAUGCCGGCAUGA